CGCCAAACACAUUUUGAUGCCGUCCAAACAUUUCCAUAAAAUGUUUGCUUUAUUCUUAUUUUACCCCGUAACAGAGCUUAAAACUUCCCCGUGGAAGCAAGGGGUGGAGUUUCGUUUGCUUUCCCGCCUAUGCUGCAUAUUUGCUGAAGUCAUUGGUCCAGCGGGGGUGGCUGCCAACUCGAGAUAACAGUCCCGGCAAACAGGAUAUGUGGCUGAUAUUUCGAUAUUGUCGCUUUGAUCACUUCCGUUUAAACUGGCAUUACAGUUGCUGUUUCGCGGACACUUAGGGCAGCUGCUUUUUACGACGAAAUAAUGGAAUAAAAUUAGUGUUAUUAAAAUUUCGCGAUUGUUUCUGGUCGAGUGCUAAUGUAACAAAAAUCGUGAGUCAAAUGCCUAUGAUAACAGUUCCGGACAUGGAAUGGCCUGCAGAUGGGGACAAUACGGAUUAUAGCGCUUCUUCAUCUCCAAUUGUUAGACGUUCUCAGCAGAAUCCAGAUCCGGAUUCUUUGUCAGAUGAAGACGAUUUUUCGGAUGAAUUUUCGGUUAUUGAUAGCGAUGAUGAAAAGCAAAGAGCUUUUUCGCAACAUUCUGUUCUUCAGACUCCAGUGGAAAUUCCAACCAGAGGAGUGGUGAAAAAAAUUUUCACCAACAGCCGGGAACGCUGGAGGCAACAGAACGUCAGUGGAGCAUUUGCAGAAUUACGUAAACUUGUUCCAACACAUCCGCCUGAUAAGAAACUAUCAAAAAAUGAAAUUUUACGCAUGGCGAUAAGAUAUAUUAGGUUAUUGAGUAACGUGUUAGAAUGGCAACAAACCCAUGAAGGUCCUAUACAGGUGAAAUGUGAGGAUUCCAUUUUUAUUAGCCGUCACUCAUCUGUUAUUUCCGGACAGCAAUCGUUACGCAUGAGGGCACGACUGAGAAGAAGUGGUUUACCAUCUCAACCACUUCCUUUAUGUGAUAGAAAUGGAAAUAAUUUAUUAAUGAUUGCACCCAAUAAUCACCUGCCGCUCAGAAAAGUGAAUGUUUUUGUCGAUAUCGGUCGAAGGAAUGAGGGAAAAAUCAAAAUCGAGCAAGAUGAAACCACGAAAGAUAAAGACGAAGACAGGGAAGUGAACAGAGAAAAAUAUGCCAAAGAUUAGAAACA